UCUCCAUAGCUUGCUCCCCCUCCUCCUCCUCUCUCUCUCUCUCUCUCUCUCUCUCUCUCUCUCUUACCAUCAUCAUCACCAAUCCUCAGCUAAAGAAAUAAUUAAUCAGCCAUUAUCUUCUCAAAAUUUGUCUUUGAGCUCUUGUGUCCAUCUGUAUCCCCACUGCAAAAAAUAAAAUAAAAUGGAGGGCAUGUCUGUUUCUUCUGGCUCCUCUGGCCUCCCUCCUGGGUUCAGAUUCCACCCCACUGAUGAGGAACUGAUCAUGCAUUACCUUAGGAACCAGGCCAUGUCCAGGCCCUGCCCUGUGGCCAUCAUCCCGGAAGUUGAUAUCUACAAGUUUGAUCCCUGGCAAUUACCUGAGAAAGCAGAAUUCUGGGAGAACGAGUGGUACUUCUUCACGCCGCGGGACCGGAAGUACCCGAACGGGGUGCGCCCCAACCGGGCCACCCUGUCCGGGUACUGGAAGGCCACGGGCACGGACAAGGCGAUCCACAGCGGGUCCAAGUACGUCGGGGUCAAGAAGGCCCUCGUGUUCUACAAGGGCCGCCCGCCCAAGGGGACCAAGACCGACUGGAUCAUGCACGAGUACCGGCUGACCGACGUGAAGGGGCAGGCGAAGAAGCGGAGCGGGUCGAUGAGACUGGACGAUUGGGUGCUGUGCAGGAUCUACAAGAAGAGGCAAACCGGCAAGACAAUGGAGCCCAGGAUCGAGGAAUCCAAUCCCAAUGUCCAAGCCAUCGACAAAGCGUGCCCGAAUCUCGAUGCCACCGACCCGCCAAUGCUGAAAUUCCCGAGGACAUUCUCACUGACCCAUCUGCUGGAAAUGGACUACUUGGCCCCAUUCUCGCACAUCUUGUCCGAGGAUCACUACAGUGCCAUCUUUGACUUCCACAAUACCAUAAGCAACAACGGCCCUGGAAACGACUGUGCCGACCACAAACCACAGGGUGGACAUUUUCCCCAUCAUGUGGCGGACAACUGGGGCAAGUUCCAAGCCGUUCAGAACCAGAACCUGGUCAUCAAUCCCAUCUUUGACCUCCAGUGAUCGGCCGGGCGGGACAAAAAUUGAAAGGAAAAAAAAAAGACCCAAAAAAUAAUUCAUGGCUUUUAAUAGAAAGGCGAUUUGAAAUUUGAUCAUGUGAAAGAAUUUGAGGUUGGCAGGCCACCAGCUACUCAAAAAAUGAAAAAUCUGCGAUUUGGUUGCCAGGAUUUACAUAUAUAAAAUAUAAUGAAUCUGUGGAAAUUUAUCUC